UCGGGCCUCUUCUGUGUCACUGUCAACCCCUACAAGUGGCUGCCGGUGUACAACCCGGAGGUGGUGUUGGCCUACCGAGGCAAAAGCGCCAGGAGGCCCCUCCACACAUCUUCUCCAUCUCUGACAACGCCUAUCAGUUCAUGCUGACUGACCGCGAGAAUCAGUCGAUCCUGAUCACCGGAGAAUCCGGUGCAGGGAAGACUGUGAACACAAAACGUGUCAUCCAGUAUUUUGCAACAAUUGCAGCCAGCGGAGAUAAGAAGAAGGAGGAGCAGUCUGGCAAAAUGCAGGGAACACUUGAGGAUCAAAUCAUCAGCGCCAACCCGCUGCUGGAGGCCUUUGGAAAUGCCAAGACUGUGAGGAAUGACAACUCCUCACGCUUUGGUAAAUUCAUCAGAAUCCACUUUGGGGCCACAGGAAAACUGGCUUCUGCUGACAUUGAAACUUAUCUGCUGGAGAAGUCCAGGGUCACUUUCCAGCUCCCGGCAGAGAGAAGCUACCACAUCUUUUAUCAGAUCAUGUCCAACAAGAAGCCAGAGCUAAUAGACAUGCUCCUUAUUACCACCAACCCAUAUGAUUACCAUUAUGUGAGUCAAGGUGAGAUUUCUGUUCCCAGCAUUGAUGACCAAGAAGAGCUUAUGGCUACAGAUAGCGCCAUUGACAUCCUGGGCUUCACUGCUGAUGAAAAGACUGCCAUCUACAAGCUGACAGGGGCUGUCAUGCACUAUGGGAACUUGAAGUUCAAGCAGAAACAGCGAGAGGAGCAGGCAGAGCCAGAUGGCACAGAAGUUGCAGACAAGGCUGCCUACCUGAUGGGUCUGAACUCAGCAGACCUGCUCAAGGCCCUGUGCUACCCCCGUGUCAAGGUUGGGAAUGAGUAUGUGACCAAAGGUCAAACCGUGCAGCAGGUAUACAAUUCAGUGGGUGCCCUCGCAAAAUCUGUCUUUGAGAAGAUGUUCUUGUGGAUGGUUGUUCGCAUCAACCAACAGCUGGAUACCAAGCAGCCCAGGCAGUACUUCAUUGGGGUCCUGGACAUCGCUGGCUUUGAGAUCUUUGAUUUCAACAGCCUGGAACAGCUCUGCAUCAACUUCACCAAUGAGAAACUGCAACAGUUCUUCAACCAUCACAUGUUCGUUCUGGAGCAAGAGGAGUAUAAGAAGGAAGGCAUUGAAUGGGAGUUCAUUGACUUUGGCAUGGACCUGGCUGCCUGCAUUGAGCUCAUUGAAAAGCCCAUGGGCAUCUUCUCCAUCCUGGAAGAGGAGUGCAUGUUCCCCAAGGCAACUGACACCUCUUUCAAGAACAAGCUCUAUGACCAGCAUCUGGGCAAGUCCAACAACUUCCAGAAACCUAAACCUGGCAAAGGCAAGGCUGAGGCCCACUUCUCCCUGGUGCACUAUGCUGGCACAGUGGACUACAACAUCUCUGGCUGGCUUGAGAAGAACAAGGACCCCCUGAAUGAAACUGUUGUGGGGCUGUACCAGAAAUCAUCCCUGAAGACACUGGCCUUACUGUUUGCCUCUGUUGGUGGGGCAGAAGCAGAGAGCGGUGGCGGUGGCAAGAAAGGUGGCAAGAAGAAGGGGUCUUCUUUCCAGACUGUCUCAGCUCUUUUCCGGGAAAAUUUAAACAAACUGAUGAGCAACCUCCGAAGCACACAUCCCCAUUUUGUGCGAUGCCUCAUUCCCAAUGAAACAAAAACACCUGGUGCCAUGGAGCAUGAACUGGUGCUGCACCAGCUGCGCUGUAACGGCGUGCUGGAAGGGAUCAGGAUUUGCAGGAAAGGAUUCCCAAGCAGAAUACUUUAUGCAGACUUUAAACAGAGAUACAAGGUGCUUAAUGCCAGUGCCAUCCCUGAGGGACAGUUCAUUGAUAGCAAGAAAGCUUCUGAGAAACUCCUUGGGUCAAUUGAUGUGGACCACACCCAGUACAAAUUUGGUCACACCAAGGUGUUCUUCAAAGCUGGGCUGCUGGGACUCCUGGAGGAGAUGAGAGAUGAGAAGCUGGCACAGCUCAUCACUCGCACACAGGCCAGGUGCAGGGGCUUCCUGAUGAGAGUGGAGUUCAAAAAAAUGAUGGAAAGAAGGGAAUCUAUCUUCUGUAUUCAGUACAAUGUUCGUGCAUUCAUGAAUGUCAAGCACUGGCCCUGGAUGAAGCUGUUCUUCAAGAUCAAGCCCCUGCUAAAGAGUGCAGAGUCUGAGAAGGAGAUGGCCAACAUGAAGGAAGAGUUUGAGAAGACCAAGGAAGAGCUUGCAAAGUCUGAGGCAAAGAGGAAGGAGCUGGAGGAGAAAAUGGUGUCCCUGCUGCAGGAGAAAAAUGAUCUGCAGCUCCAAGUGCAGGCUGAAGCAGAUGGUUUGGCAGAUGCUGAGGAAAGAUGUGACCAGCUCAUCAAAACUAAAAUCCAGCUGGAAGCCAAAAUUAAGGAGCUUACAGAGAGAGCAGAAGAUGAGGAAGAGAUGAAUGCUGAGCUGACAGCCAAGAAGAGGAAACUGGAGGAUGAAUGCUCAGAGCUGAAGAAAGAUAUAGAUGACCUGGAGUUAACAUUGGCCAAGGUUGAGAAGGAAAAGCAUGCCACCGAAAACAAGGUGAAAAACCUCACAGAGGAAAUGGCAGGCCUGGACGAGAACAUUGCCAAGCUGACAAAAGAGAAGAAAGCCCUUCAAGAGGCCCAUCAGCAGACACUGGAUGACCUGCAGGCUGAAGAGGACAAAGUCAAUACGCUGACCAAAGCUAAAACCAAGCUGGAGCAGCAAGUGGACGAUGUAAGAACAAAAGUUGCUCCUCAGAUCCUGGCGGAAUGGAAGCAGAAGUACGAGGAAACGCAGGCUGAGCUGGAGGCCUCCCAGAAGGAGUCUCGCUCCCUCAGCACAGAGCUGUUCAAGAUGAAGAAUGCCUAUGAGGAGUCCCUGGACCACCUGGAAACGCUGAAGCGUGAGAACAAGAACUUGCAGCAGGAGAUUUCUGACCUCACGGAGCAGAUUGCAGAGGGAGGAAAGGCGAUUCAUGAGCUGGAGAAAGUCAAGAAACAGAUUGAGCAGGAGAAAUCUGAACUUCAAGCCUCUCUAGAGGAAGCAGAAGCCUCCCUGGAACACGAAGAGGGGAAGAUCCUGCGCCUCCAACUGGAGCUCAACCAGGUCAAGUCUGAGAUUGACAGGAAGAUAGCUGAGAAAGAUGAGGAAAUUGACCAGCUGAAGAGAAACCACCUCAGAAUUGUGGAGUCCAUGCAGGGCAGCCUGGAUGCUGAGGUCAGGAGCAGGAAUGAAGCCCUGCGGCUGAAGAAGAAGAUGGAGGGAGACCUGAAUGAAAUGGAGAUCCAGCUCAACCAUGCGAACCGCAUGGCUGCAGAAGCACAAAGGAACCUGAGAAAUACACAAGGAGUGCUCAAGGAUACCCAGAUACACUUGGACGAUGCUCUCAGGUCACAGGAGGACCUGAAGGAGCAGGUGGCCAUGGUGGAGCGCAGAGCAAACCUGUUGCAGGCUGAAACUGAAGAGCUACGGGCAGCCCUGGAGCAGACGGAGCGCUCGAGGAAAGUGGCUGAGCAGGAGCUUCUGGAUGCAAGUGAGCGUGUGCAGCUCCUCCAUACCCAGAACACCAGCUUGAUCAACACCAAGAAGAAGCUAGAAUCAGACAUUUCCCAAAUUCAGAGUGAAAUGGAGGAUACCAUCCAGGAAGCCCGCAAUGCUGAAGAGAAGGCCAAGAAGGCCAUCACUGACGCAGCCAUGAUGGCAGAAGAGCUGAAGAAGGAGCAGGACACCAGUGCCCACCUGGAGAGGAUGAAGAAGAACCUGGACCAGACGGUGAAGGACCUGCAGCACCGUCUGGAUGAGGCGGAGCAGCUGGCCCUGAAGGGAGGCAAGAAGCAAAUCCAGAAGCUGGAGGCCAGGGUGCGGGAGCUGGAAGGGGAGGUUGAUGCUGAGCAGAAGCGCAGCGCUGAAGCCGUGAAGGGUGUGCGCAAGUACGAGAGGAGGGUGAAGGAGCUGACCUACCAGUCUGAAGAAGACCGGAAGAAUGUUCUCAGGCUCCAGGACCUGGUGGACAAGCUGCAGAUGAAGGUGAAAUCCUACAAGAGGCAAGCUGAGGAGGCGGAGGAGCUGUCCAAUGUCAACCUCUCCAAGUUCCGCAAGAUCCAGCACGAGCUGGAGGAAGCCGAGGAGCGGGCUGACAUUGCAGAGUCACAGGUCAACAAGCUCCGAGCAAAGAGCCGGGAGUUUCAUAAGAAGAUAGAAGAGGAGGAAUGAAGCUCACAAAACUAAAAUGUGACCUGAGGCAUGCAUAAAAUGUAAACCUCAGUGUUGCUUUUUUAUGUAAUUGUCACUUAUGUGUAGGUAAUAAAGAGUGUAGAGACCUUUGCAUAUGAUUAGCAU